UCAUAUCGCGUGUGAAGAAGUGAACGCUGAGGGUGAUGAGGAUGUGUUUGAGUUUGUCCUUCGUCGAGGACAACGGUUAGGAAUCGAGUUGCGUAAUAAAGAAAUUUCACAAUCGAUUUGGAAAUGUCAGGAAGUGACACGUUCUAGAGAGCAAAAGAGUGGAAGCACUGCGAGCGAACAAUGAAGAGAAGCCACCAGUGAAGAGCUUUUUACUGAAUAAUGAAUUCGGUUUUCUCCACCUAAAGCCUGAAGACCCGGGGUGUGCGUGUGUGCAUGGAAUAAACCCAGGUAUAUAAGAAUUCGAGCAUUUCAAUGGAAAUCAGAGAGGAUAUGAAUGAACAGCUCCUAAGCUGGAGCAAGCAGGACGGAGAUCCCUUCAUCAAUGCAGAGCAGGCUGACAGAAGCUGCGGCGCCGACGACUUCAGCGCCGUCCACGGAAAAGAUCUCCUUCCUGCAGAGAACGGCGAGGAACUGACCAAACACUUCCUGAAGGAGCUACUGAACAUCCUACUGGUGUACAUCAGCAAGUCUAUGAACCGCAGCUCUAAAGUGCUGGACUUCCACCAUCCACACCAGUUGAAGGAAGGACUGGAGGGCUUCAGCCUGGAGCUUCCAGAGCAACCGGACAACCUCGAGCAGCUGCUGGUCGACUGCAGGAACACACUGAAAUAUGGAGUUAAAACAGGUCACCCACGAUUCCUCAAUCAGCUCUCAAGUGGACUGGACAUCAUUGGAUUGGCAGGAGAAUGGCUCACGUCAACUGCGAACACAAACAUCUUCACCUUUGAGGUUGCUCCAGUGUUCGUUCUUAUGGAGGAAGUCCUUCUGAAGAAAAUGCACUCCAUCAUCGGCUGGUCUGAAGAGGAAGGAGAUGGAAUCUUCUCCCCGGGUGGUACGAUAUCGAAUCUCUACAGCAUCCUGCUGGCCAGGUAUCACUACUUCCCCAAAGUCAAGACGGAAGGCAUGCAUGUGCUACCUCGCCUCGCCCUGUUCACUUCCUCACACAGCCAUUAUUCAAUCAAGAAGUCUGCAGCGGUUCUUGGUAUCGGCACUGAAAAUGUCAUCGCUGUGAAGUGUGAUGAAAGGGGCAAAAUGAUUCCAGCAGAACUGGAAUCCAGCAUCAUGGCAGCAAAGGCCAAGGGUCUGGUACCUUUCUACGUUAACGCCACAGCAGGAACCACGGUCUACGGAGCGUUCGAUCCGAUCACGGACAUCGCGAACAUAUGUGAAAGAUGUGGCCUGUGGCUGCAUGUCGAUGCAGCUUGGGGAGGCGGAUUACUGCUGUCCAAGAAGCACAAGACCAAACUGCAGGGCAUUGAGAAGGCUUUUUCCAUCACCUGGAAUCCUCACAAAAUGAUGGGUGCGCCGCUGCAGUGUUCUGCCAUUCUGGUGCGACAGAAGGGUCUGUUAGAGGCGUGCAACAAGCUGUGUGCUGAGUAUCUCUUCCAGACCGACAAGCAGUACGACAUGUCUUACGACACCGGAGACAAGACCAUCCAGUGUGGGAGACAUGUCGACGUCUUUAAGCUCUGGCUCAUGUGGAAGGCUAAGGGAUCAGAAGGUUUUGAACUGCAGAUCAACCACUGCCUGGAGAACGCUGAGUAUCUUUACUACACGCUGAAAAGCAGAACAGAUUUCCAGCUGGUCUUCCAAAACAAACCUGAACACAGUAACGUAUGCUUCUGGUAUCUGCCCAGCCGACUGAGGAACAUGGCCCCAGGUCCUGAUCGAGACAGAGAACUACAUUCGAUCACUCCAAAGAUCAAAGCCAAGCUAAUGGAGAAGGGCGUGGCCAUGAUCAGCUACCAGCCUCUGGAAGAAAAGCCUAACUUUUUCCGCUGCGUCUUCUCCAACCUGGCCACGCAGAGGCAGGACGUGGACUUCCUGUUGGACGAGAUCGCGUGCCUUGGAGCUGAGCUUUAAGCACAAACUAGUCGGCGGCUGAAGCUCACGUCACUGUUUAUGGACUUAGAAAAGAUAAAUAUUAUUCUCGGGGUAUAAUAUAAUAAAGAAGUUUUCAUGUGUAGCACAGAGAUAAAAUAAUUUACACGACUUCUGAAGCUUUACGUUGUUCGUUUCUGGGAAUGCUAGCAUAUUCAGUUUGAGAAAGUGUAAUACUGUAUAUUUAAGAACAUACAAUUAACUGGAGUUGUGGACGUGACGUUUUUCAGUAUGCGUUGAUUUUUCUGCUCCUGAUCUGAAUUAUUAUUAUUAGCUAUUAUUAACUAGCUAACUAUGAUAGACACUUUAAGGCACAGAUCCACUUUAAGGCAAGCCUCGAAUGCUAAAGCAGAUAUUAUCUAAGGGUUGUAGCAUGACACACUGCUACACAGUGAUGACUCAGCAUUGCAUGGGUGUCACUUUAAACCCUGAGAAAUGUCUCAGAGCGACACCUCAGUUUACUAAGAAAAUAUUGUAUGUAACUAUGUAAUAAACCGAAGCACGGAGUUGUCUGAAACUUAACUUGAGGCCGUACAGCACUUUCAGGAUGUAAUGCACUAUAACAAACAUUAUACAUCACGUGCACUAACAUCUUGUUAGCUUGUUAGCUAACAGCUUAUCUUAGUUUCCAGUUAAGUUUCCUUUAAGUAAGUUAUGCGUUGUGUAACAGGAGGAAGAUAUCUGUUGUGAGUUAAACAGAAAAUGCUAAACUUAGCAAUAAUUCAUAACAAUCUUUCUCAUUUGGACUCAAACUUCAUUCGGAAUCAUUCGUGCUUCCUACUGGGUUGGAACUGUGAAGGUUUAAGGGAUCGUGUGGUUCUUAAUAGUUCCUGAUAACUUAUUUAUUAUUAUUCUGGCGCUAGUCGUCUACACGUGGGUUUCAGUUGUGUUUAGAAAACGAAUCAUUUAUAAUUAUAUUGAAAUACAAUUUUAACUUAUAUUUAUACUGUAAUGUGAAUACUUAUGCAGAAAUAGAGUAAGGAUGGUUUUUGGUCUAUGAAAAGCUCAGACUUUGUGUUUGUCCUGUGAGAUAUUCUAGUGAAACCUAGUGCAAUUCAUAAACACGUGCGCACCAGUAUGUGCGGUUAGCGCAAUGUGUGUGUCUUCUAUUUAUGUGUGACCAUUGGGAAUAAUUUUAAAUCAUUUUUUUAAAGGAAGGAAAGAAAAAGAAAAAUUGAUUUGUUUAGGUGAAAAAAAAUGAAGACAAACAAAUAAAAAAAAUCAAAUACAAAUAUUAAUUAAGCAGAA